AUGUCAAAUAAUUUAUUUAUUCAUGUAAAUAAUCCUUUGUUAAUAAACGAAAGAAAAAUUGAAUUUGGAGAUGGGUUGUCUACAAAUGUAGUAAUUAAAACUGAAUUAUUUGAAAAAAAUGUAUCAGAGGAACGAGAAAAUUUUGAACAGUGCAAUGCAGAAUUCUUAACGAAACAUGAAAUAUUUGAUGAAAGUGAUGUAGAACAGCAGCAAUGCAGUUUAGUGAAACAUAAACAAAGUCACACUGAAGACAAACGUUUUUCAUGCGAUUUUUGUGGUACAGAAUUUUCAAGACUAUGGAGCUUAGUUAAACAUAAACAAAAGCAUAUUAAAUCGUUUUCAUGCGAUAUCUGUGAUAUAAUAUUUACUGAAAAAAGAAGCUUAAUUCAACAUAAGAAAAUUCAUACUGGAAUUCAAGAAUACAAUUCAUCAUUAAUAAAAGAAAAUAUUCAAAUUGAAAAACAGUUAAAAUCUGAAUUCCUCAUUAAACAUGAAAUAUUUGAUGAAAGUGAUACAGAGUAUCAGCUAAGUUACGAAUUUUUAUUCUGUAAUAUUUGUAACAAAAAAUUUAUUCGACCAAGUAGUUUAAAGAAACAUCUACGAAAUCACACUGAAGAUAAAAGUUUUUCGUGUGAUGUUUGUGAUAAAGAAUUCACAACAAAAAAAACUUUAUCUCAACAUAAACGGGUUCAUACCGGAGAAAAAUAUACAUGUGAUAUUUGUUUUAAAACUUAUAUUCAAAAAAAGGAUUUAAGUGUACAUAAACGAGUUCAUACUGGAGAAAAACCUUUUUCGUGUGAUGAAUGUGAUAAAGCAUUUGUUUAUAAAAAGGACUUAUUUAGACAUAAACGAAUGCAUACAGGAAUUAGACCUUAUGCUUGUGAUUUUUGUGAUAAAGCAUUUUUCCAAAAAAACGAUUUAGUUAUUCAUAACCGAACACAUACCGGAGAAAAACCUUAUCCAUGCGAUGCUUGUGAUAAAAUGUUUCCCUCGAGUAGUCAUUUAGCUAAACAUAAACGAAUUCAUACUGGUGAAAAUUCUGUAACAGAAAAACGUUUUGGUUGUAAUAAAUAUUCCAGUUAA